AUGAAAUUGGAAGUUCUCUUAAUUGUCUGUAAUAGAUUGUCAGAGAAGUGUAAGCCGAAGGAAUUUGCAGUCAUUGAGGUGGGAGAUAUUGGUCUGAACUGUCCUGCCAACUGCCAAUGUCAUAAUACCCAUCUCUUCGGAACUGAUAGACAGAUAAUAAGGAGAGGCCAAGCCUUCAACUUUUAUAUUCACCUACAAAAUCGGGACUGGGAUGACUCUGUGGACGAGAUUGUUUUCACCGUGGAAACAGGCCUCAGAUCCUGUGAGUCAGAUGAGAUGAAAUGCACCUUCCCAAUGGGCAGAUGUCUAGAUCAAACCUGCUGGAGUGCUUCUUACAAAACUCAUCAACCAAAAUGCAUAAAUGUCAAUGUGUUUCCUCCCUCCAAUGCCUGCAUUGGUCGUUACAUUUUCAAUAUGCAAGUCACAUCUUGUGGUCACACAUACCAGCGGUGUCUUGGAGAUUUUUGUGUCCUUUUUAACCCCUGGUGUGCAGAUGACCCUGUAUAUAUGGACAAUCAAGCCCACAGACAAGAAUAUGUUCUGAAUGAACAUGGGAUACUGUAUGAAGGGGUUCACAAGCACAUUACCUCUAGACCAUGGCACUUUGGACAGUUUGAAGAUGGGAUUCUGGAUAUCUGCUUAAAGGUUCUAGACAUGGGUGGAAGUUACCACCGUGGCUCUGAUCGAGACCAUUGUUGGCGCAAUGAUCCUGUGCAUGUCAGCAUGGUGGUGAACCACAUGAUAAGUAGCCAUAACACUAACAGUAUCAUGAAGAUUCCAGAAAACAAUGAUUACCUGAAAGGAACUAAGCCAUUUUCUUGGAACGGAAGUGUCCCUAUUCUUCAGCAAUGGUACAAUGGCAGAUGUAGACCAGUCAGAUAUGGCUACUGUGGGUCUCUUGCUGCAGUAAUGUGCACAGUGAUGAGGUGCUUGGGAAUUCCAAGCCGUGUUGUCACCAACUUCUGUUUUCCAUGUUCAACUGAGAAUCCCCUUGGAAUCAAUGAGCUUUUUGACUGUACUGGAAAAAACCUGUGUGGUAAAGACAAGCUAUGGCGAUACCACUGCUGGAAUGAGUCUUGGAUGACCCGCAGAGACCUAAAUCAAUGCUGUGGUGAUUGGCAGUGUCUGGAUCCAACACCCUUGGAAACAGGCAGAGGUUUAGCUUGCAGUGGUCCGACAUGGGUUCGAAGCAUCAGAGAAGGGGAGCUAGAUUUGGACUAUGAUGGUCAUCACUUGUUUUCUCGGCUAAAUUCGAACUACAUUGGCUGGCUUUCCCAAAGCAAUGCCAAAAAAACAAAGCUUUUCUGCGACACUUGGCCAUGUGGACAACAUCUGAGCACUAAGAGUGUUGGCAGUGACCAGUGUGAAGAUAUCAGUGGGACUUACAAGUAUGAGCUAGGUUCUCUGAAAAGCAAGGAGGCCUAUUACAGGGCUUACAGAAGAAUUUACCCAGGAUACUGUAAUGCUUCCAACAGUCAUAUAGAUCGAGAGCUAUCAUCUCUCCGAAACCCAUUCCUGAGUGACUCUGGUGUUAAUAUGAGGCUAAAGAUGGCUAACUGCCCUAUGUACGGUGAAGAUGUCCAACUGCACUGGCUGCUAGAAAAUUUGCGUAAUGAACCCAAAAGUCUAACUUUUAAUUUGUGUGCACAAAUAAUAACAUAUGAUGGCUGCCCAAUGGAUCAGUUUUGGAAAGACAAAGUGAAUGUCACCUUGGGUCCAAGGGAAGUGAAAAAAAUUCCACUGUGUCUAUCAUAUAAUCAAUAUGGACCUCAUCUCUGUGAUCACAACAUUAUGAAAGUAGUUGUGGUCUCAGAUCCAGAGUGCGGAGAUGUUCUGAUGGUGAGCAGGGAUAUAGUGAUCAACAGGCCACCUGUUAUUGUGAAGCUAUUAAGCCAACCCAGGCUGAAACAACCCUGCACUGCAGAGAUCUCCUUCUGCAAUCCUCUCCAGGAAGAUAUGAAGAACUGCAUAAUGACUUUAGAAGGCUGUGGUUUAUUCAAAGAACCAAUGACCAUUGAUUUGGGAACGUUGGCUUCCAAUCAACAGGCACGAACCGUUGUGGAGUUUACACCUUACAGGCUUGGCAAGCACCGGCUCCUAGCCAACUUUGGAUGCCACAAGUUUGCCUACUGCAAGGGGUGUGCCAGCACUGAAGUGUGUAACCCUGUGGGCCAAAAUGGCAUUCCCCCCGUGAGCCAGAACGGAUCGCUCCAUGUCUGUGAGAACGGGUCCCUCCCAGCCAACAGCUCUGCCUCUGUCACUACGGGGGACCCUGGUUUGCAGUCCAUGUGCGAAUAUGUAUGUAUCCCAGUGUGCAACCCCAACUGUGAUGCAGCGGGCCAGCCCGUGUAUGACUUUGUGUACCUCCCCGCAGGCCAUCCCUUAUGCAACUCUAUCUGCAACGCAGGCUUCAAUCCAAACGUCAAUCUUGGUUUUGAUCCUGGAUGCGAUUCUGGCUUUCGUGUUAUGUGCGAGACCAUGCCUCCCCCUGCCUGUGUCCCAAUGCCUCCCACCGUGCGUGGCUCUAAUCCUGUCCCAGCAUCCAACCCUGUGUGCACCCCAAUGCCUCACGUGCUGUUUGAGUCAGGGUCUGGCUCCACACACCAGCCUGGAGGGGCACCAAUGUCUUAUUCUGUGUCUGUCCCAGCAAAUAAUGCAGUGAAUGCCCUGCUGAAUCACUUUAUGGCUGGCUCGAGCCCCAGCUCAGCACCCCAUGCAGUCCCUACCCACGUGUCUGCUCCAUCAUCCCACUCGGUGUGCUCUCCAGUAUCUCACUCUGUGCCACCACCAACAGCAGUUUCCAGACCUUCUGCCUCCCUCUGUGGCUCCGCACGCUCUCCGACAUCUCAGCCUGUGUACGGCUCGAUGGCCACGCUACCAUCUCAACCCACGAGCAGCCCUGUGGCCCACACUGUGUGCUCCCCAGGGCCUUGCCCAGGGGCUCCCCCAGUGCCUCUCGUUGCACGUAGCUCUACCCCAGGGCUGCACCUGGGCAACGGCUCCGUGUCCCACUCAGUGUGCGCCCCAGCCCCUCGGCCCGUGGGCCCUCCCGCAGCCCACUCGCUGUGCUCCCCGGCCUCCAUCUCCGUGGGAGCUGCAGCAGCAAGCUUACCAGCCUCACGCCCGGAGGACGUGUCUGCAGGCUGCUUCGUGUGCCCCUCGGCCUCGCGUCCUUUGGCAGCUGCAACAGCCCGGUCUGUGUGCACCCCGGCAUCCCGCCCUGUGUCACGAAGCACAUGUGUCCCGGCAUCCCGCUCCCUGUGUGGCCUGCGGUGGGGUCCCUCGUGCAAUGCUGUCUCGCGCUCAUCAUUGCAUUCCACCUGGGCUCCCGCCUCUCGGUCCACGAGGGGCACCAGCGGGCGCUCUGUGUAUACCCCUCUGCCCCGCACCUCAUACGGCACGCUGUCACGCUCUGGCUACAACACCCUGUCCCGCUCCUCCUAUAACAACACCUUGUCUCGCUCUACGUAUACCACCCUGCCCCGUUCUACCUCUCCGUCGGCUUAUGCCACCCUCCCUCGCUCUGAGUCCCGUUCUUCGUACACCCCCCUGCCUCGCUCGGGGUCCCGCACAACGUGGAACCCGGUGAGCCAGGCCAACAUUGUUGCUGAACUGCUUUCUGAUAAACAGGAGAGUGCAGAACUAGUAAAUGGCAGCAGGGGCCGAGAGAAACGGAGAUGUGUGACACAGUAG